AUGGGCGAAGAGAACGCCGAGAACCCGCAAGAUCAGCACCUCUGGGCUGAAUUCGAACCAAAUACCGCCCCGCAAGUUUCGAUCGAGAGCGGUCUCGAGGUUGCGGUUCUCAUUGAGCCGGAUGCGGCUCCUGUAAGGCCUUCCGCCCAGGCUAGUGCAGGAGAAGGCGCCGUCACCCAAGCCACCCAAGUCACCUGGUCCUCCACCCCUGCCGGCAUACUACGCAAACUAGGUAGCCGAAAGGCGAUGCCUUGGAUUGGCCUGGGAAUCUUUAUUUGCAUAGCCAUAGCCGUUGGCAUCAGUGUCCCCUUGGUCCGGGGCAGGGUGGACGCCACGAACGCCUCGACAACAAGUGAAGGUCCUCCUCUCGUCACAAAUACCGGGGCUUCCCAAUCAGUUACGGGUUCAGCAGUUCCGCCGGAUUCUCAGCCGAGUGGAUCAUCAGGCUGCAGUAAGGAGAAUUACGUCCCCAGUGUUGACUGGGUUGGCAUCAGAGACGGCCAGGGAUGGGACUUUGAAUUAGAGGCCGUAGGCAGUGCCCAGAAAUGCUGCGUGUACUGUUACGAGGCUGCCAGUGAAUGCAAUGCCUGGCUGUUCAUCCCCUCGACGCGGCCCGGCCCGGAUUGCACUGUUAUAACCGGAACUUUGCCGGCGGAGGUCCAUGCUCAGAUGCGGGAAGAGACCCAAGAGCCUGCUCGAGAAGGAGAAAGUCGGACAUGGCCAUAA